AUGGAUUCGCAGGUAGAUUUUUUGCAACAUGCAUCUGUCUCCAGUGAGUCAUUUUGUGAAUCCAACGUUACUACUGCAGUUUUUGAAGAAAAUUUGAGGCUUCGUCAUGAGAAUCAACGUCUCUUGGAACAAUUUCGUCAGCAAAUACAUGAAAUUCAAAAUGAAAAGGAGACAGUACGUCUUCGCUUAAUAGCCGUUGAGAGCGACUAUGAUACUCAAUUAAAGGAACUCCAAAUGGAAAUAAUGAACCUCAGAGGAGAGGUUCAACAACAGAAACGUCGUUGUGCGAUGGCAAAUUUGGAGUGUGAAGAGACUGUGCAAUCUUUAACAGAAAAGAACUCUGCGUUGAAGGAAGAACUCUUAGGUGCCAGUCGUGUCGCCGCAGAGUCAACUGCUCACGUGAAAGAAAUGCAGCAACAUCUUCAAAGUGCCCGAGUUUUAAUUCAAAGUCAUGUUCAGCACAUUGAAACUCUACGCGCUGAGAUCGAUCAGUUGAAAGAAGAUAAACAAAGUUUGGAGCAAAAGUUGCAGGCCAUAACGGAAGAGCGGGACAGCCUUCUUACUGCACUUUCCGAUACUCAGCAAGUAAACGCUCUUCUGCAGCAGGAAAAUGCUAAUCAGCAAAUCUUGGUGCGUCAACUUAUAGCCACCUUCUUUUCUUCUAUUUUACAAUCACAUUAA